UUGCGCUCCACUUUUCGACCAAUACGACGUGGAGUGGGCGGGGCCAAGACUGGGCAAAGGACGGCGAUGAUGGCGGAGGUGACGACAACGGCGGCUUUGGGGCUGCGGCGUCUCCUGGCGGCGGGUCCAAGCUUGAGGAGGCGGAGAUUAAGUUCUCUUCUGCCUGUUGCCAUUCCUAAGCUUGAUUAUCACUUGACACAGUCUCGCAGUUACAUACCCAGGAGAGCUGUUCUCUAUGUGCCUGCGGAUGAUGAGAGAAAGAUUAAAAAAAUUCCAUCCCUCGGUGUGGAUUCUGCUGUGUUGGACUGUGAAGAUGGUGUUGCUCUAAACAGGAAGGCAGAAGCAAGAAUGAAAACUGUGAAAGCACUAGAAGAAUUUGAGUUUGGUCAGACUGAAAAGUGUGUGAGGAUCAAUUCAGUGUCCAGUAGUCUUGCUGAAGAAGAUAUAAAGGUCAUUUUGAAGUCCAGCAUUCUCCCUACAAGCCUGAUGCUACCAAAAGUUGAAAGUGUAGAAGAAAUAAGAUGGUUUACAGAAAAAUUUGCAUGCCACUUAAAAGGCCGAACACUUGUAGAACCUAUUCAUUUCAUCCCUUUUGUGGAAACAGCAAUGGGCUUGCUCAGUUUUAAGGCAGUUUGUGAAGAAACACUGAGAAGGGGACCCCGUGUUGGCCUUCAUUUGGAUGCAGUAGUCUUCGGGGGUGAAGAUUUCCGUGCCAGCAUAGGUUCAACGAGUAGUAAAGAAACCUACGAUAUUCUUUAUGCCAGGCAAAAAAUUAUUGUCACAGCAAAGGCUUUUGGCUUGCAGGCCAUAGACCUGGUGUAUAUUGAUUUUCAAGAUGAAGAGGGGCUCCGUAAGCAGUCAAGAGAGGGUGCCCUAAUGGGUUUCACUGGUAAGCAGGUUAUUCACCCUAAUCAAGUUGCUGUUGUCCAGGAGCAGUUCUCACCAAGCCCUGAAAGAAUAAAGUGGGCACAAGAACUGAUUUCUGCUUUCGAAGAACAUCAGCACAUAGGGCGCCUUCACCUUCCGUGGCAGCAUGAUCGACAUGCCAUUACUGAAGCAAGCCCAGAACAUUGUUACGCUUGCCACAGCCAUCAAGAAAAAAUGAUCUGCUAAAUGAACCUUCCCCUAGGGGGGCUCUAGGAGCAGCUUAAAGAAGGAUCAUGUAAUAUGUGGAGGUAGAAAAAUGCAAAAGCUCAUACUGCAAUGGAGCUCUGUUUACGUGUGCUCUACAGCUUGUCAUUUAUUUUCUUCCUUAUCACAGAUCAUUUUUCCUGGUCAUAUACCAAAAUAAAGUUGUUACUACUACUA